CCCGGCAGCCGCUUGCUGGACGAGCCCAGACCCGGGAGGACACAGAGUAAUCCCGCGACCAGCCCAGUGUCCGGGCCACCGCGGGUUCGAGUCUACACCGGGCCCCAGUCUCCAGGGAUUCGCGCCGGGCAGGUGCAGGUUCCUUGGCCAAUCUGCCGCCUCCCCACCAAACUGGAGAGAUAAGUUGGGUAGUUAGAGGAUGUCAUCGGAGCAGAGAGUGGUGUCCAGUGGUUCUGAUGUGAGCUGGCCCUCGGUGAAUGGAGUUGAGGUUGGAUGUCCCGGUCUCCAGAGGCAGUUGCUACCCACCCACCUCAUGUCGAACGAUGGUGCCAACACCAACACCACCACCACCGAGGAGGAAGACUCCUACAUCUCGACGUCCUUGCCGCCACCUCUGCCUCUGUGCCCGCCGGUGGGCAUGGUGCAAGGCAGCCUCCUCCUGCCGGACAUCAAACCAAAGAGGAAGUUCAUCCCCGACUCUUGGAAAAGCUUCUGGAGGUUCGGCGGAAGGCGGGACGAGUUUACGCCCGACCUCGGCUCCUCGUGGGGGGCGGAGGAGAUCUCGCCGCCGGUCUCGCCGUUCCUGACCCGCCGCGGGGACCGGUCAGCGGCGGCCGGAGGUGUGGACGAUUGCGGGAGGUCCUGGCCAAGCGACUGCCCGGGGAAGGAGCCGGAGUCGGCCCAGAGCUACACGGAGAGGAUGCACGUCUACCAGCUGAAGCACGCCUACAUGAAGUCGUGGCCGGGACUGCUCAGGCUACUGGGAGUCAUGCAGCUCCUGUUCGGAGCCAUGGUCUUUGCGUGCGUGUGUGCGUACAUACAGAAAGACAACCAAUGGUACAAUUUCCUCGGUGGGUCCUACCCAGCCUAUGGGAUUGGCAACAACUAUUACUACACAGGCCCCAAAACGCCAUUUGUCCUGGUCAUGGCGGGCCUGGCUUGGAUCGUCACCAUCGGUCUGCUCAUCCUUGGCCUGUCGAUGUACUACAGGACCAUCCUUCUGGACUCGGGCUGGUGGCCACUGACGGAAUUCACCAUGAACGCCUGCAUCUUCUUCUUGUACAUGGCGGCUGGCAUAGUCUACGUCGAUGGGUUUAGCCUGGGAGGCCUGUGUUACACCAUGAUGGCCAACAGCCCACUGUAUUACCAGCUGUGCCGGGUGGAGAGCGGGCAGAUCGCAGCCUCCGCUUUCCUGUUCUUCAACAUGCUCCUGUACCUCCUGAGUGCCGCCAUGUGCCUGAAGGUGUGGCGUCACGAACUCAACCGGAGGGAGAGGGAAGCCUUUGAAAGCAAGCGCGGAGCGGCCAAAGUGGUGGCGGUGAGACGGCCGUUCUCCUUCAAACGCAUGUCGUUCCGGGCAAACGCACCGCGGCCGCCCGGCGAAGGGGUCGCCAAGAACUUCCCGUCGCGGUGCAACGGUGCAGGCACGCUCAACAAGUCCAUUCCCGCCGGAUUCAUCCCAAAGCCUCUCAUCGUUCCCGAUUACGUCACAAAGUACCCGAAGAUUGAGACUGCAGAGGAGAGAGAACGCUACAAGGGAGUGUUCAAUGACCAGUACGCGGAAUAUCGGGAGCUACACACUGAGAUCUAUGCGGCCAACAGGAAGUUUGGAGAGCUGAAGACGCUGAUCGAGAGACUGCCCCACUACGUCGAGACAUCAGAGGAGCACAGACGUAUAAUGAAGAUCCUCGAAGAUUAUAAGGAGAAAAAGAAUGACCCAACAUUUGUGGAGAAGAAGCAACGAUGCACUUACCUGAAGAACAAACUCUCGUACAUCAAGCUGCGAAUCCAGGAGUAUGACCUAGACUGUGACUCCUCCAGCAGUUACUGACAAAAUCUCACAUCAUUCAUCAUUAAUAUUUUCAUAUUUUCCUUCAGUGCAGAAAGGAUUCAUUUGGGCCGUGGAGUAUGUAUGUGUGUGUGUGUCAUCAAAAUCAUUCCUCCAUUUACUUCAUAGUCACUUUAGGCUUCAGGGCGACAGCGUGGAAACAGGCCCUUCGGCCCAUCAAGAC